AUGACGUCGCCUUGUAGCUGUCAAAUCAGAAAUAGAAGUUUAGCUCCUCGAUUGCACGUGCAUUGUGAAAAAUGUUACAGUCGUCACUGUAAAAAGUCAUUUGAACCUUCUGUUUCCUGUGUGGUUAUCAGUUGUCCUUCAAAAUGUGGUGCAGUUUUUCAUCAGUGUAAGGAAAAUGAACACACUCUAUUGUGUCCUCUGGAACAAGUUCCUUGCAUAAAUUCGGCCUUUGGCUGCCCCUUCUCUAUGGCACGCUACAAACUUUCCAAACAUCUUCGUGUCUGCCCUGCCAGCAUUGUGUGCUGCUCAAUGCAAUGGAAUCGCUGGCCAGCCAAUGAAGAAGAUAUAAUAAUGAAUACUGUAGUUAAAGAAUCCCUGAAUCCAGAGAAUUUAGAGUUGGUCACUGCAAUGAGGGAUCAGAGAAUAAGUUUCAAUUCAGUGAAGAUGGCAGAACUUUUUCCAGAGUUGGCAGAGAUUGCUGAUGAGAAUGAUUUGGAUCUGAAAGAAAUAGGGGCAGUAGGAGGAUCACAUAUGGCCUCUGCUUGUAUGGAUAGUGGUUGUCCAGAAACAGGAAUAAAAGUGCAUCAAAAUGGAAUCGACAAAAGCAGUACUGAUGUAAAAGACAAGGUUGAACUAACCCAAGAAGAAGAAACAAUAGGAUCUGAGCAAGCAAUAGAUAUUUCCAAGUACACUUCUUGGGAGGGUAUCUUCAGUAAGGAUAAAGGUGGCUGUAUGACUGAAAAUGCAACUACAGAAGUUAUAAAUACUCAAAAGAGUGAGAAAGCAAACAGUGCUGAUAAUAAGAAGAAAACGACUGUAAAUGAAUCCAAUUCAUCAGACUCAUCUUUGUUGGCAGCAAUAGAAAAGACAGGUGAAGCUCCUUGGCAAGAAGGAGUUCUUGAUAGACUACAAUCUCAGAUGGAUAGGAAACAUUUCGAUAUGUAUUUGGUGCAUCAUGGCAGCAUGCUUAUUCGAUUUGGUCAGAUGAAAGCAUGUACACCCAGAGAAAAAGACUUUGUUUAUGGAAAUCUGGAGGCCCAGGAGGUUAUAACUGUCAAUACAUUUAAGAUUCCAACCAGCUACCGAAUAAACCGUGAACAUUAUAGAGACCAUAUGUCACGCAGGAAAAAAAUGGAAACCAAAUCUGUGGACACUUCUGACCUCGACACAGUGAAUCGUCAAUAUGAUGAAGUAACUAUUUCCUUGCUUUGCUAUUUGGAGAAAAUGCAGAAGGGCCAUGCCAUAUCAGAUACAAAGGUCACUGAUAGACUAGUAACUGAUAUUGCGACUCAGACUUACUCUUUUCCUUCUGCUCCUUUUGGCCGUGAUGUGGUUUUGGCUGAUAUAGCAGCAAAGAAAGCCUCCCAGCUAUAUUUACAACUUCAGACAGAAUGCAUCACAAAAAGAUACAGCAAGUCGAUUUCUAUCUUUACAUUUAUGUGUCACCAUUUCUUCAGGCGAGAUGAGUUUGCAUCACACUUUAAGAAUGUACAUUCUGAUAUUCAGUCAUCCCUGAAUGGAUGGAUGGUACAGAAAUGCCCUUUAGCUUACCUUGGCUGUUCCUACAUGCAACAGAGAUUCUGUCCCUCCACACUGAAAGCAACGAUGAUCUAUAAUCAACAGCAAAAUGCAUUUGCAGUCAAACCAGAUAUUGCUCCAGUUUUGUGUCAGAACCACAAUAGAGACAUAAAGGCAUGGGAAAACAGGAAGAAUUUACCUUGUCUAAGCAGUCUUCCAUUUGAGAUCCUGAGGCACAUUGCAAAUUUAUUGGACAGCUACAGCCUAACACAGUUGUCCCAAGUGUCUGUAUUGAUGAAUGAGAUCUCCUCUACAUUACUGCAAGAGCGUGGCAUGGUCCAUCUUGUCUGGGAAAAGAAAAACUACUCACAUGGAAAUUUUUCUUGGAGAGCACGUAAAAGGAAGUGGCAAUACAGCUCUUUCUUUUCCACAAUCGAGAAAUGGAAUUUUAAUGACAACCCCAGCAUGGCAGAACAUCUGAAAACUUGCUCAUACUAUGUAAGAGAGUGCAGAUCAAAGCGUGUCCCUCUCGUCAGCAUGUGCAGAACUCAGAAAUCAGAACCUGAGAGAAACAGCCUUAUUCAUAUGUUUAAUACAAAACAAACAGCAAAUAGAUUUUCCAACCUGAUUGCAUAAGGUUUUAGUGUCUUAAUCCUAACUUUGUUACUGUUAAUUCAGUAGCUGAAAUGGUUAGUAUCACAGUUUAUAUUUAGGACAUUUAAAAUGAAGUCAUUUAAAAUGUAUUUGUAACAAUCAUGUGAUGCACAAUUGUAUUCCGCUUGUUGCUUAAACUUCAGAGAGGAUAACAUUGCAAUAUAUAUAAUAGAUACUUGACUGCAGGUUAUCCUUAUGUAAUAAAACAAAGUGCAUAAACAAUUUUAAACAAGAAUAUUAGAAUUCAUGGAGAUGCAUCAAUAGAAACAGAUAAUACAUUUGUAUUAGUUGUUUGCUUUUAUAGUCAGAAUCUGAUUUUCUCAGAUAAUGCCAUGUUGGAAAUUUAAAAUGUAUAUCACUGUUAAUGUGGUACAUGGUUCUGCCAGCAGGUUUUUCUUUUGCAUUUCAGACUGCUGUUCCUUCAUGUCUCAUCAGGGUAGGUUUUUGGAAAAGUCAGCUGUGGAACCUUCAGGUUCGAGCCUGGAAUUGAAUGGUAGAAGAAGAAUAACUCAAUCUGAUUUGUUUCUGUACUUUUACUUUUAAUUAACUAUAGAAUUAUAUGGACAGAAUGAAAUGGGAAAAGAGUUAUUUCUAAAUAAAGUUCUGCUGUAUUAAAGUUGAAAAUAGGGCAACUUUGCUUCUUCAGAGAAUUGCCUGAGUUAUAAAUCCUCUGAGAUCUUCUGAGUCUUCAGCUGGGUGUUACUGUUAAAAAUUACUCUUUCUUUACCUCCAACACAAUGCUAUAAUCAUCCAAGGUCUUUAAUGAA